CGUGGCCAUGGCGGGGGAGGAGGCUCGGGCCGUGCCGGCUGAGGGGGUCCCGAGCGCCCCAACCGAGAACGUCCCGCUCUGGCGGCGUCGGGCGGAAAGUACAGAUAAAAAUGGAAAAAAGGCRUCUUUCCAGACUGACACUGCUGCCUAAUGCCACAGCAACCACACAGAUGGAAGCAUUUCUCCUAAAUGAAGGGGCUGAGUAACAUGCACAGCUGGUAAGUAGGACUUAGAAACAAGUGAGAUCCUCAGCAAACUUUAAAAUAAAAUGCGCUCAUUUUCUUUCCUGUUUCGUCCCUUUACCUCUUCUUUUCUUCGUUCUGUCCUUUUUGUUGUGCUCAUGGAUAAUUUACUGCCCCUUUKCUUGCCCAUCUAAAAUGGUUUCCUGCAUACUACAGGUAAAUUUUAACACCAGCGAAARGGUCUCCAGUCAUUGGAAAGAGUUYGAAGAACUAUUACGUGAAUGUUUCUGAGCGUUGUCCUGCUUCUAGCUGCUCAGCAUGUCUUGGCUGCUCCAACUCCACACGCUCUGACCAUGAGCAGCAAUUCCUCCCUCAGCAAUGGGAAGGGCCUGAGGAACCUGACGACAGAGGAAGAUGGGGCAGUCAAAGUCACUGAGUCCAUUGCUAUAAUCGUCAUUGCCAUCUUCAUCUGUUUGGGCAACCUGGUGAUUGUCGUCACCCUGUAUCGCAAGUCGUACCUUCUCACCUUGAGCAACAAGUUUGUGCUCAGCCUGACCCUCUCCAACUUCCUGCUCUCUUUGCUGGUGCUGCCUUUUGUUGUCACCAGCUCCAUCAAGCGAGAAUGGAUCUUCGGGGUUGUUUGGUGCAAUUUCUCAGCCCUGCUCUACAUGCUGAUCAGCUCAGCGAGCAUGCUCACUCUGGGACUCAUUGCUAUAGAUAGGUACUAUGCAGUCCUGUACCCAAUGGUUUAUCCAAUGAAGAUAACRGGCAACAGAGCAGUGGUAGCUCUUGUGUACGUGUGGCUGCAUUCCCUUAUUGGCUGCCUCCCUCCUCUUUUUGGCUGGUCCUCUUUGGAAUUUGACCAAUUCAAGUGGAUGUGUGUGGCAGCCUGGCAUAAGGAGGCUGCCUACACUGCCUUUUGGCAGAUCUGGUGUGCACUGCUGCCGUUCGUGGUCAUGAUGAUCUGCUAUGGAUUCAUAUUCCGYGUGGCGAGGAUCAAGGCCCGCAAAAUCCACUGUGGGAGCGUGGUCAUUGUGGAGGAGGACUCGCAGAGGAAYGGGAGGAAGAACUCCAGCACCUCCACAUCCUCCUCUGGAAGCCGAAGGAAUGCUUUCCAAGGGGUUGUUUAYUCAGCCAACCAAUGCAAAGCUUUCAUUACCAUCUUGGUUGUCAUUGGGGCUUUUGUCAUUACRUGGGGGCCUUACAUGGUAGUUAUUACAUCAGAGGCACUUUGGGGGAAAAACAGUAUUUCCCCUGCUUUGGAGACAUUGGCUACAUGGCUGUCCUUUUCCAGUGCCAUUUGCCAUCCCCUAAUUUAUGGGCUGUGGAACAAGACAGUGCGCAAGGAACUACUGGGAAUGUGCUUUGGGGAUCGGUAUUACCGCGAGUCCUUUGUUCAGCGGCACAGGACAUCAAGGCUAUUCAGCAUUUCCAACAGGAUCACAGAUUUGGGACUAUCUCCUCAUCUUACUGCCCUGAUGGCAGGUGGGAGGCCACUGGGAAACARCAGCAGCACAGGAGGCACAGGUUUCAGCUGCUCCCAGGAUUCAGGAACAGAUACAAUGCUUCUUGAAGAUUAUAGCUCUGAUGGCACUCAUGCCCCACACUGCAUCUGUCCCCCUCGAAGAAGGAGUUCAGUGACAUUUGAAGAUGAAGURGAGCAAAUUAAAGAAGCUGCAAAGAAUUCUGUUCUUCACGUAAAAGCUGAAGUCCAUAAAUCUCUGGACAGUUAUGCAGCCAGUCUGGCCAGAGCUAUUGAAGCUGAUGUGAAACUCAGCCUGUUUGGGGAAGAUGCUUUACCAGGAGCCCUGUUCCCCAUGAGGACUCUGGCAGGAAGCAGUGGCAACACUCGGCGUGGUGUCAGGCCCCAUGCCAGCCAAAAACUGAAGUUGCAGAGUAUUGAUGAAGGGAACAUUUGACUCGAGCACUGGAGUAAGAAAACAGAAUGAAACCACUAAGUGGGGCCUACUGCAGCUGCUAGUGUUUCACCAGAACCAGGAUGUCUUGUGUGCAUGUUUUCAGUGUUUUUUCAACACCUGGAAACAGCUGAAUUCUGGUACUUGCAUCAGCAUUCUACAGCAGUGUUUGUUUACUGGUUAGGGUGCUAUUGACUCCUCUGCCACAUCAUUAUCACACAUUGCAUAGGAAUGCAGGGRUUGGUUUCAUUGACCAGAUCAUUAGACCGUUGAAUCUUGGGUCCAUUGUUGGCCAAAGCUGAUACAGGAACAAAACAGGAAAAGUGUGUGCAGUGCUCAAUUCAUUGUUACAUCCAUCCUCUUCUGCUCACAAGGAUAAUCAUACUUGAUAGCUGGAGUGCUCUGAUUGGAGCUUGUGCCUUGCAUACUACAUACUGCCACAGACUCCCAGAUGAGGAGCAURGACCUCACUAAGGGCAAAACCUGARUUUUUCAGAGAGCUUAUGCAGAUUAUGGCCCUACUUAGCUUUGCAGGGGGAUAUUUUUGUCUGUUCAGUCAUCAGAAUGCCAGAUCUGACACUGAACUCUGCUUCAGUGAUAUGGGACUCCAGCUCCUCUGGGUGUAAUGGGUGGGAACAGACCUGUGCUGGAAAUAGCACAGAGGUGGAAUUUGAGGAAAUCAUUAGUGCAGAAUCCUUUCUCUAAAACCUCCAGCUCAUGUGCCAAGUUUUGCUGUUACUGAAAAGACACUCUGUGGCUGUGCUAAGMUGGACAGAUUAUAAAUAAGGUGUUAUCACUUCAUAUUCAGGAUUCAUCUUUUCUAGAGAGAAGAUAAGUGUUUUUUUUUUUUUUAAUCAUGAGGGAAUGUAGUAUUUAAGCUAUACUUACCUCAGUGCUUCUAUUUCUUGGAGUAUUAAUUCGUUAAUCUCAAAAAUAAGAACAUUUGGCACUUAUAUUGCACUUUGCAUGUUCUUAAGUACUGUACAGACAUUACCUUGUUAGGCCUUUGUGAGAGGGUUGAUCAGCCCUGCUUGCCAAAGAAGGGGAACUCGGCACAGCCAAGCUGCUGGCAGUGAAACAAGCUGCAAAGGUGGGAGGGAUGCAAACGAAAAGAGGGAUGAGGUGGAUCAUACCACUGUAUCCAGUUUGAGGAAACUUUCCAUGCCUUCUUGGGCAACCCCUUUCCUUACUUUGGGGGAUUACAGCCCUGCCUUACUGAGUAUUUCAAAGAGACAGAGAUAUAAGUGAGCAGGAUAAUUCCUUGGGAGUGGGUGUCAGUAGCAAACAGGAUUUAAGAACCAAGGAUUUGCGUUUGUUUACUGUGUCUGCUCCCCUGUGCCUCCACCUUUCCUCAGAAGUGCUUUGUAUGAGGUUUYGCUGCAGAUUGUUUGGAAAUCAGGAGCAGGAUAUUUCCAUCUGGGCAAAACCUGGGUGUGCACUUGUCAAGUUUUGUCUUUGUGUGAUGUAUUCAGAGGCACAGAAGUGUUGUGAGGCAGUGCCUCGGUCCAGUACUGUAUUUAGACAUCCUGUUUUUCUGUGUUCCCUACUCAGAAAUGUAUUUCAGCACGAUCUUAUGUCCAUCUCUGGACAAAGCAACUUGACKUUCUGAAUUAGCUGAAUCUCACUGCAUUCCCAUGKAAAAUAUAACURCAUGCUUAAAAUUCAGUACAUGGUUUGCUGAKUUAAGAACAGGCUGUUASAGCAAGAACACUUAAGCUCCAGUAAGAUGGCUCUUAGCAUAAUGCAGGAAUAAACCAAUUAAUAAUAGUGAGGUUCUAACUCCUGCAUUUUUUACUUCUAAUGUGUUAGAGACAUUUGCAUCUGUGGGCACUCUUUAGGAGAAAAGAAUCAAAAAUCUCAGUAUCUACGGGGAAAUGCCCUGCAGUGAGGUCAUUGCUGUCGUUAAUGUUACAAUCACAGUUGCUUGUAGGACUCAACACUCCUUAGGUUACACACUUGCCUGGUGGUAAUAUUACAAUCAGUUGCUUGUAGGACUCAACACUGCUUAAGUUAACCACUUGCCUGGAGGUGUUUUGUCCGCAUCCCUUGUAGUCCAUAUUCCUGCUUCGAAACAAGUUGCUGAAUGUCAGAAGGGCACACACAAGUAUGUAUGUGUUGUGGAGGAGUCAGKGCUAGCCCAAAAUAUUGUGUUCAGGAGAAAAAAUUCUGAAGCAUGUGUGAAAGCACAAAAUUGAUAGUAUUGUGUAAAAAGCACGGUUUUUCACACAGACGCUGAGACAAACACUCUUCAGGCAGGUCGGGGGUGGAUGCAUCCGUUUACACCGUGGCUGAAUUUGGCUGCCAGYGUUAAUGUCACUAAUCUGUUAUUUAGUAUAAAUGUUGUUCAUAGUUUUGUACACGUUAUAACCCUUCCAUAACUCUGUUAUUACCGAAGUCGUUCUCUCACUUGAGUUGUCAUUAAUAAAAACGGUAAUUGAGAAAUGCACACCUUUUGUAAAACUGUAUUCCCCAUCUUAAAUACAAAAGAGAAAAAAAAMCCCAAACUUAUUUCCAGCUCCUG